GACGGAAGCCGGCGAUGUCCGCUUAGCUCUAGGGAGCUCCCAGAGUGGAGGAUGAGCGACUCCACGGUGAAGGUGGCCGUCCGGAUCCGGCCGAUGAACAGGAGAGAGGUGGACCUUCAUACAAAAUGUGUUGUGGAUGUCGAAAACAAUCAAAUUGUCCUCUACCCCGCAAAUUCCAACCUGAGCAAAGGGGAUGCCAGGAGUCAGCCAAAGGUCUUUGCCUACGAUCACUGCUUCUGGUCGAUGGAUGAGUCUGUUACAGAGAAAUUUGCAGGCCAAGAUGUCGUUUUUCAGUGCCUUGGAGAGAAUAUUCUUCAAAAUGCCUUUGAGGGUUACAAUGCCUGUAUCUUUGCCUACGGGCAGACGGGUUCUGGAAAGUCCUACACGAUGAUGGGGACUGCAGAUCAACCCGGCCUUAUCCCGAGACUAUGCAGCACUUUAUUCGAGCGGACGCUGAAAGCCGAGAGCGAAGAGUCGAGCUUCAAAGUGGAAGUUUCCUACAUGGAAAUAUACAACGAGAAAGUCCGGGAUCUCCUGGACCCAAAAGGGAACCGCCAGUCGUUGAAAGUCAGGGAGCACAAAGUUUUGGGUCCGUACGUCGACGGCCUUUCCAAGCUAGCCGUGGAAGGCUACAAGGAUAUCGAGUCUUUGAUGUCAGAGGGAAACAAAUCUCGCACGGUUGCGGCAACCAACAUGAACGAGGAGAGCAGCCGCUCUCACGCCGUCUUUAACAUCAUCCUCACGCACACGAUCAGCGACAUUCAGUCUGGGACUUCGGGUGAAAAAGUGAGUAAAUUGAGCUUGGUGGAUUUAGCCGGCAGCGAACGAGCAACAAAGACUGGAGCCGCCGGGGAACGUCUGAAAGAGGGAAGCAACAUCAACAAGUCCCUCACCACCCUCGGCCUGGUCAUUUCUGCCCUUGCAGACCAAGGUGCUGGCAAGAAUAAGAACAAGUUUGUCCCGUAUCGGGACUCCGUACUGACAUGGCUGUUAAAAGACAGCCUCGGCGGGAACAGUAAAACUGCCAUGGUGGCCACCGUCAGCCCCGCCGCUGAUAACUACGACGAAACUCUGUCCACGCUGCGAUACGCAGACCGGGCCAAAAAUAUAGUCAACCACGCCAUCGUCAACGAGGACCCCAACGCCCGUAUCAUCCGAGAGCUGCGUGAGGAGGUGGAGAAGCUGAGGGACCAGCUUACCCAAGCAGAGUCCAUGAAAGCUCCCGAGCUGAAGGAACGCCUGCAGGAGUCCGAGAAACUGAUCCAAGAGAUGACCGUGACUUGGGAAGAGAAGCUGAGGAAGACGGAAGAAGUCGCGCAGGAGCGCCAAAAGCAGCUGGAAAGCCUCGGGAUCUCGCUGCAGUCGUCGGGGAUUAAAGUCGGGGAUAAUAAAUGCUUCCUGGUCAAUUUAAACGCGGACCCGGCACUCAAUGAGCUCCUGGUUUACUACCUGAAGGAUCACACGUUAAUCGGCUCCAAUGAUUCCCAGGACAUCCAGCUCUGUGGUAUGGGUAUCCAGCCUGAACACUGCGUCAUAGACAUCACGUCAGAAGGACAGGUCACGCUUACCCCGAUGCAAGGCACAAGGACGUAUGUGAAUGGAUCAAUGGUCAGCAGCCCCACUCAGCUACAGCACGGGGACCGCAUACUGUGGGGCAACAACCACUUCUUCAGAAUAAGUUUGCCGAAGAAGAAGCGCGAGCGGGAGGACGAGGAUCGGGACUGCAGCAUGAGGAACAGCAGUAGCUUUGAGCAGCUAGACGCGGACGGAGACACCUCCAGCGAAGUGUCCAGUGAGAUCAACUUCAACUACGAGUAUGCGCAGAUGGAGAUCAUGAUGAAGGACCUGGGGAAUAAUGAUCCCAUGCAGUCCAUACUGCAGAUCCUGGAGCAGCAGCACGAGGAGGAGAAGCGCUCCGCUUUGGAGCAUCAGAGGAUCAUGUACGAGCACGAGCUGGAUAAGCUCCGCCGCAGACCGUCCCCCGAGAAGCAGCACUACCGCAGCAUGGAUCGCUUCUCCAUGGGCUCCCCCAACGCCCAGCAGCGCUUGCGGCAGUGGACAGACGAAAGAGAGGAGCUGCUCACUCAGAGCUUGGUGAGACUGCGGGAGCAGAUUGCCAAGGCCAACCUGUAUGUCCAGGAGGCAAACUACGUGGCGGAGGAGAUGCACAAGAGAACGGAGUACAAGGUGACGCUACAGAUCCCCGCUUCCAGCCUUAACGCCAACAGGAAGCGCGGGGCCGUGAUGAGCGAACCCGCCAUCCAGGUGCGCAGGAAGGGCAAAGGGAAGCAGAUCUGGUCCCUGGAGAAGUUGGAGAACCGCCUGGUGGACAUAAGAGAACUUUACCAAGAAUGGAAGAACUGUGAAGAGGACAAUCCAGUGAUCCGGGAGUAUUUCCGACGCGCGGACCCGUUCUACGACGAGCACGAGAAUCACAGUCUCAUCGGGGUAGCCAACGUCUUCCUCGAGUCUCUCUUCCAUGAUGUAAAACUUCAGUACGCCGUCCCCAUAAUAAACCAGAAGGGAGAGGUUUCCGGCCGUCUCCACGUGGAGGUUGUCCGGGUGAGCGGAGACAUCGGGGAGAGAAUAGCCGGAGGCGAGGAUUGCGCAGAUCUCUCGAGCGAGAGCGAACCCCAGGAGAACAAACUCGUUUGCAUGAUUAAAGUCCUCCAGGCCACCGGUUUGCCCCAGCAUCUCACCAACUUCGUUUUCUGCCACUAUACGUUCUGGGACCAGCCCGAGCCGGUGAACGUGGCUCCCGAGGUGGAUCCCAGCGUCUCGUCGCCUGUCGGCAAGGAACCGCAGUGCAUGGUGGUGUUCGAUCACUGCAGAGAGUUCGCGGUGAAUAUCACAGAAGACUUCUUGGACUACCUAGCGGAGGGGGCGUUGGCGAUCGAAGUCUACGGGCACCGGCAAAGCGACCCCCGCAAAAACCCUGCCCUUUGGGACCUGGGAAUUAUCCAAGCGAAAACACGCAGUCUGCGAGACCGGUGGAGCGAAGUCACUCGGAAGCUGGAAUUAUGGCUUCAGAUUCUGGAACUGAAUGAGAACGGAGAGUACUGUCCGGUGGAAGUAAUCCCAGCGAAGGACGUUCAGACGGGGGGUAUCUACCAACUCAGACAGGGUCAGUCACGCCGUCUUCAGGUUGAAGUGAAGUCCGUUCAAGACUCGGGGACUCUGCCUCUGAUAGAAGAGUCCAUAGUAUCUGUCUCUAUAGGCUGUGUGAAAAUAGUCCGUGCCAAACCAGCGAAAGGACACGAAACCCACCAGAACGAAGGGGAAGACAUUGACAGCUACCAGGACAGGGAUUUGGAGAGACUCCGGAGGAAGUGGCUGAACGCUCUGACCAAGCGCCAGGAGUAUUUAGACCAGCAGCUGCAAAAACUGGUCAGCAAACAAGAUAAAAGCGAAGAUGACGCCGAUCGAGAGGCUCAGCUUCUGGAGAUGAGACUCACUCUGACGGAGGAGAGAAACGCCGUCAUGGUGCCCUCGGCUGGAAGUGGCAUCCCUGGCUCGCCCGCCAACUGGAGUCCAGUAGCCGGAAUGGAAACUCACAUCCCCGUCAUAUUCCUCGAUCUGAAUGCUGAUGACUUCAGUUCCCAAGAUGACAGUCAUUACUCGGAACCCGCGGGCUUCGACGCGACCCUCAUGGAUGAAGAGGACGACGAGUUCUUCGACUUGCAGAUAGUGAAGCAUCUAGAGAAUGAGGUUAAAGCAGAAGCCUCAUGGGAUUGCACCGUCCAUAACUGCCCCCAGCUGAGUAAAGGCUCUGCGGCCGACGAGCGAGUCUUCCUGAUCCUGCGGGUGACCGUUCAGCUCAGCCAUCCUGCCGAAAUACAGCUGGUGCUGCGCAAGCGGAUCUGCGUCAAUGUGUACAGUCGACAGGGUUUUGCUCAGAACUUUCUCAGGCGGAUGUCUCACCGAAGUAAUAUCACCGGAUGCGGCGUCACCGUGGAAGUGGUUUCCAAUGUUCCAGAGGACUCGCAGGGCUCUGAGGACAGAGAGGCAUUAGCCCGGAUGGCUGCCAACGUAGAGGAAGGUGCUUCUGCGGAUUCAGAGGCUUACAUCAAAAAGUACCUGCGCAGCGUCCUGGCCGUGGAGAACAUCCUUACGCUGGAUCGUCUUCGCCAGGAGGUGGCCGUAAAGGAGCAGCUAUCAGCGAAGGGGAAGCUGAGCCGCCGAAGUCUGAGCUCACCAAAUGUGCAUCGGCUCUCGGGGAGCCGGCAGGAUCUGAGUCCCCAGCACAGCCUGGCUAAUAACCGGGGCCGAUGGGAGAGCCAGCAAGACGUUUCCCAAAGCUCCCCGAUCUCCGGCCGCCACGUCAGCCCGGCCCGUCAUUCCUUCUACGCCGGCUCCCCGCAGCACCAGACGGAUCCAGGUCUCGGAAGUCUCGCGUCUUCGUAUCUGAGUCCCGUGAAAGCCCUUGUGCAGCCGAUGCCCAAAGUCUUUAAAACUCUCUUCCCUCAGCGCAACGACAAGAUCAGACCCUCCACCUCUCCUCUUGCGCAACAGCCGAUCCCUCGUAUCAUGGUCCAGUCGGCCAGCGUGGAUGAAAACGCUUCGAAGCUUAAGCCGGUUACCCAGGAAGAACGGGCAGCGGUGCGGCCGCCGGUAAUCAUCCGUUCACCCAACCAAGAGAAGAAAAAUGAGAGGACGCCCUCGGGGGCUUCUCAGCAGAAGGCGAGCGACUCUCCGGGACAGGAGACCCAAGAAGGUCCUCCAAGCCCAAUCAGCGAAGCCUCGAGCGGGUAUUUUUCACACAGCGUCUCUACGGCGACCCUUUCGGAAGCGCUGAGCGCGGGCAGCGAGGUGCCGAGUCCGACGUCCGCAACAAACGCCAACGGGUUUCCUACGAUCCAGGUGUCUUCUCCUACGAGCUCCGCCGGGAACUCGGACAUCUCUCAAGACGGGGUGCCUUCCGAGACCAGGUCAAGCAAGGUGGGAGUUGAAGAAAAGGUAGAAACUGAGUCCGUGACUACAUCGAAUAGCAUCGUACAGCUGCCGGAGGGCAGACCAGAGGGCGACAGAACCCAAGAUGACCCUUCUUCAGAGGGCAGUGUAGGAAGCCACCAGACCACCUCCACCUUGGAUAAAGAGCGUUCUCCAGAAAAGCUGCAUGUCUCCGUAAAGCUGCCCUCGGCAACGUCUCAGGGGGCCGGCACAGACUUCUCGAUGCCACCUGCUAAGCCUAAUCCUACGCCGGACCCCUCAACCCAGACCAAAGCAGGGGUUUCGCCUUUCAGAAUACAAAAAGUGAGAACGUCCGAGCUGAAGUCCUUCGCCCGCAUUCUCCCCGACGACGCCGGAGACGCGCCCGGGGCGGCCGUCAAGUCGAAAGGAAGCAGGGACAGACUGGACGAUCCGGCGGAGAGGGCCGAUGGCAAGCAGGAAGUGACAUCGGACUCGGAGGAGGCACAGGAAGUUCCCGACUGGUUAAAAGAAGGGGAAUAUGUCACCGUCGGCUCGAAUAAAAGCGGCAUCGUUAAAUACGUAGGACCCGUAGACUUCCAGGAGGGACUCUGGGUCGGCGUCGAGCUCGAUUUGCCCGCAGGCAAAAAUGACGGUUCCAUAGGUGGCAAGCAGUACUUCAAGUGUAAUCCCGGCUACGGGGUCUUGGUGAGACCCGACAGGGUGAAGAAAGCCACCGGAGCGGUCCGUAGGCGAAGCGCCGGGUUACGCUUGCAAGGCGGAGCGGCCAACGAGAACAGAAAGAGCGGCAACCUCUCCGGCUCGGCCGGCAACCUCGCCGCGUUGACCGCCCUGGCGAAGCACGAGCGGACGAGCCUAAAGGCCGACGAAAGGAACCAAAAGAAAGCGGAAAACCGGAAAUCCUGGGCCAAUUAAAGCGAAUCCGCGCGGCCCGCUAGGAUGUGUAAGAGGCCACCCCCGAAGACGACCCGGUCUCCUACGCUAACAACUUCACGGCGUUGUUUUCCGACUAAUUUAUCAAACGGGACCAAACGACACCCCCGGGCCUGACAGAUUGGGGGGUAUUGGGGAUUUACGCCGGCUGCGUGUCCGUUAUCUGGAAGCCGGUGUUUGGGGUUGUACUGAUUGACGGCUCCUCGAUAAUCUGAUUAUACCGAACCUGCACGAUAUUUAGGGCUGAUUUUUUUUUUAAAAAAAAAAACUAAAAUAUAUAUAUUUUGGCGUUACCAUGGAAAUUUUUACGUGUGUGUGUCGUGUGCACCGCCCUAUGUGUAAAUAUGUAAGUGUAAAUUUGUGUGUGUAUGUGUGUGAUAUAAAAUGAGAUAUAUACAUACAUACAUGUACAUGAUGCUUGGGAGGAUUUGGAAUUUUUUUUUCUUUUCAUUUUUUUGUUUUUUUUUUAGCCAAAUAAAAGAUAAGGGGGUAAAAACAAAAAAAAAAAAAAGCAGACCUUUCACAGUUUUACGGUAGAUUAGCAGACACGUUUUUUUAUUUUUGAUUUAAAAUGCUAAAUAAUAGUAAAGAACGCUUGUUUUCUGAUUUAAUUGACUUAAAAAAAAAAAAAACACAAAUUUUUCUAUUGGGAGCGAUAAUCCUCUGAAAUCACUUGGUGUAUUUCCUCAUUUUUGGUAAUUCUUUGAGGGUUUUAUUUUUUAUUUAAAAUUAUAAUUUUGGAACAUUACCAUGGAUUCGGCUCUCUAUCCCCACGAGUGUAACGAGCGCACAUAUCAUUUCUCCUACGCCUGGUGAAAGUAUUUUUUUAUUUAUAUUAUUUAUGGAGGGUG